AUGUUAGAAAGAAAUGAAAUACAUAAACAAGAAGAAACAGAAUUAAAUGAAAACGGCGAUGAACGGUAUUCAAAAAAUAUUGAUUCCCAAAGAACAAGUGCUGUGGUCAUAACAAAUAAGGAACCAGACAGAUGGCUCAGGGUAUAUCCAGCACCUAAUCUUCAGGAGGAGAGCGUAUAUUCUACAAUUAUGAGAUGUAUUUUGUGCCAACUUGGACUUUUAUCAUUUCUCGUGCUGUGGACAAUGAUUGCGGUGUUUGUUAUAGAAUCUUUUGAAGGUCCACAAGAAGUAGAAGUUUCUCAGGAAUUUGACAAAGCUCAAAAUCAAUUAGUCAUCGAUCUCGCGACCGAAUUAAGACAAAUCACACCCCUAUCAUCUAAAUGGCGUUAUGCUAUUGAAAAGCGUAUAGAAGAUGAGCGUCAAUUGACUAUAGAGGCGAUGGUUGAAGGAGCGAGACUGAAGCCGGGACAGUUUUGGAAUCUUCCCGGAACGUUCCUGUUCACUAUUUAUGUUAUGACAGCUUUAGAAAAUAGAAGAGACUCGGAUGCUAGAGAAUGUACUAAAAAGUGUAGUCUACGAAAAACUUUCAUGAGAUGUAUCAGUUUUAUGGGUAUAGGACGAUGCGUGCCAUUGGUAACACUAACCUAUUAUAUAAUUGGUGUUACAUUAUUUGGGAUCAUCAGACACAAACCGCCUUUUGAAACUAUUGUAUUUCCCCUCGAGUUUACGACUACAGGUGGAUUGGAUAGGGUUGAGGGUUUUGUAAGGAUUUUAUAUGGAUUAUAUGUAGAAUGCGCGAUGUGUCUACUAGCUUGGGCACUGGCAACACUUCGUCGACGUAAUAGUUCGUCUUUUGAAAGAUUUGCAUCAAAUCAUAGACUUUUUGACUAUGAUGUGCGUAAGACAUGCGAAACACGAAAUAAAGAAGUUUUAUAG